GGCGGCGGCCGAAACCAGCUCUUCCUCCUCUUCGCCGGCGCUGAAGUUCGUAAAUCAGCGCAGAGCGACACAAACUCGUGGAGUUUGCCCAUUGCCCAAGAUAUGACGUCUCAGCCGCAGAGACGCACCAAAACCGCAGCCUCAGGUGGCCGACGCCUCCGCACCAGUGGCGGCGGCGGCGGCGGCGGCGGCGGCGGCGGCGGUGGCGGCGGCGCCAACCGCCUUCGUUUCGCACGACUGCCGCCAAGGCUCGAGUCGAAUGCGAGCAAGGCGGCGCCGGACGGCUUUGGCGCUGCAGAGCACGUGCUGCUUAUCGGCAUCGAUGGCAUCACUCCGCGCGCGCUCAACGACGCUAUCGCUCGCGGCGAUGCGCCGUCGCUCGCCGCGCUGCGGUCGCGCGGCGCGUGGUCGGACGAGGUGCGCGUGACGCAGCCGUCCUCGUCCCUCUCGUCGUGGGCGUCCAUCCUGACGGGGUCUCCGCCGGAGAUGCACGGCGUCCACCUCGCGGCGCAGCUGCGCUCCGAGUACCCCGUCCGGCCUGCCUCCUACCCGGAGGGUGUGCGAUACCCGACGCUCUUCACCGCCCUGCGCGAGGCGCGGCCCCGCCUCUCCACGGCGGCCUACUACUCGUGGCCGCCUCUCAGCUCGCUGCUCGGCCAGGCGGAGCUCAACGUCUCUGCGCUGCGGCCGUGCGGCUCGUGCGACGGGUGCGUCGAGGUCGAGCCGCAGCUGGCGGCCGAGUUCGUCAAGGCGCUCAAGCGGCAGCGCUUCGCACUCUCCUGGGUCUAUUUUGACGUCCUCGACGAGACCGUUGACGAGUGGGUCGGCCAAGGUCGCGACGCGCCGACCGGCCGGUCGCACGGCGGCUUCUCGACUGCGGAGCUGGAGGAGCCGCCGGGCUGCUCGGGGGCGGGGUGGGCAGCGCUUGCGCGGGUAGCUUCGCGCGCCUGCUCUUACGCGUCCACCCGUGAGCAGGUGGCGGGCAGGCUGACAGUGCCGAUCUCGUCCACGGACGCCGCGCCGACCCUGCUGCACGCUCUGGGCGUGACUCCUCCGGUGCAGAUGCACGGCCGCGUGGUGGCGGAGGCGUUCGGGGGAGGAGGUGUCGAGGGGCAGAGGAGAGCGCGCCACUCCGCCCUCGGGUCCACCCUCGGCACGCUUCUGCUCGCGCUGUGCGCCGUGCUCACCCUGCCGCAGGUCGUGCGUGCCAUCAAGCGCAGCCGAGGCGUCUCGACCGGGUUCGCGCCCGGCUACGUCCGCGCCGGCGGCGUGAUGAUGUCGCCCAUGCCGCUCACAAGCCCGUGAGGCCCGCGUCGCGGUGGGGCGGCGACGGGUCGGCACGCGAGAGAGGUUGUCCGGCGCGGAUGCGUUCCCGCGCCGCCACCACCGUGGUUUUCGUUUUGCAACGAUGCGGUGUCUGUGCGGUGAAUGUCGUGUCUUAUCUUCGUGUGCCGCUCGUGCUCUCGCGCCCAGGAUUCAACAAUGCACCAAUAUUCAGUUUCC